AGCUGAUUCGUGUCAUAUGACCAGGAAAUGACCACACGGCGACCCGCGAGCGAUUACACGCUGUUUUAACUUCUCACUUUACUCCUUGGCUCUUCUCUUUCUUCCUCUCUGAGGCUUUUCUGAGGUUAAUAAAAUGCAGACAGGAGCAGUAGCACUGCUGUUUGUGUCUUUGUCCGUGUACAGGACAUACUGUGAUGGCGGAGUCUCUCUGAGUGCUCCAGCCGUUGUGGACAUGGAGGAGAAAGUCUCUAAAAAUAUCACCAUUACAGCAAGUUCUCCCCUGAACGUUACUGCGUACAUCUACUUCAAUAUUACAUAUCAGUCAGCAAACUUCUGCUCAAUAAUUCAUCUUCCAGAAGCGGUCGUUUUGCCGGCUGAAAAUCGAUCAACGUUUUUUGAAGUGCAAGCAAAAAGUGUCGGACAGGUCACCGCUUAUCUGUACAGCAACAACACAGAAAUCCAAAGCUCACGAACUCGAAUCAGAUUUUUGGUCAUCAGAAGCAAUGUCCUUGAUAUCAUCAACCAAGUCAUCGGAUGGAUCUACUUUCUGGCUUGGUCAAUUUCCUUCUAUCCCCAGGCGUAUGAAAACUGGAAAAGACAGAGUGUGGUGGGCCUGAACUUUGAUUUUCUGUCACUGAACCUCACUGGCUUCAUUGCUUAUAGUGUCUUCAAUAUCGGCCUCUUUUGGAUACCUUACGUAAAGGAAGAAUUCUUAAAGGAGAAUCCAAAUGGAGUCAAUCCAGUGGAUGCCAAUGAUGUGUUUUUCAGUCUGCAUGCAGUAGUCCUAACUCUGGUCUACAUCUGCCAGUGUGCAAUAUAUGAGAGAGGAGGCCAAAAGGUGUCCAAGGUGGCCAUUUUCUUCCUGGUUGUCGCUUGGACGUUUGCGUUCAUCACACUUUUUGUUGCUGUCGCUCAGAAGAUCUCAUGGCUCACUUACCUGUACUACUUCUCCUACAUCAAACUCGGUGUAACACUGAUUAAAUAUGUCCCUCAGGCGUACAUGAACUAUCAGAGACAGAGUACAGAAGGGUGGAGCAUUGGCAAUGUGUUACUGGAUUUAACAGGAGGCAGUUUCAGUGUGCUUCAGAUGUUCCUGCAGUCCUAUAACAACAAUCAGUGGAAGCUCAUAUUUGGAGACCCAACAAAAUUCGGGCUGGGCAUCUUCUCGAUAUUUUUCGAUAUAAUAUUUAUGAUCCAACACUACUGCCUGUACCGCAGGAAAGAUCCUGUGUAUCAGGUACUGGGUAGUGAGGAAUAAGGAAGUGUGUGUGUGUGUGUGUGUGUGCAUGUACAUUUGUGCAGUUUUGUUGCUGCUCAGGUAAACAUGCCUUAAACCUGUAGGACAUUGCACCUACCUCACCAGAGAACAAUGAUUUUUCUAAGAUUUAUAAUGAGUUUUAAUGCAAUAUGGGCAUUUUUUAUAUGCAAAACAUUUUGUCACAAAUCCUUUAAAAACAAUUUAUUAGAAGCAUUUUAAUACUGAGUAGGUAGAGCAGUGGAUAGACAAAAACUUUA